GCAACCUUCUCUUCAUUCAAACAUGGCUCGCUUCUUUUCCUCUAGGGAUUCAUGCCCUGCAGUAAAGAACAUUCUUAUUCUGGACUCUGAAGGGAAACGUGUAGCAGUUAAGUACUACUCGAAUGAAUGGCCAACAAAUAGUGCCAAGUUAGCUUUUGAAAAAUCUCUCUUCACAAAGACACUCAAAUCAAAUGCUCGCACAGAAGCUGAAAUCACAAUGUUUGAUAGCAACAUUGUUAUCUAUAAGUUUGUCCAGGACCUCCACUUCUUUGUAACCGGGGGUGAUGAUGAAAAUGAACUCGUCCUAGCCGGUGUGCUUCAGGGGCUUUAUGAUGCAAUUUCUCUUCUUUUGAGGAACACUAUUGAUAAAAGGGAGGCACUUGAGAACUUAGAUCUCAUCUUCUUAUGCAUUGAUGAAAUUGUUGAUCAAGGGAUGAUACUCGAAACAGAUGCAAAUGUUCUAGCAGGAAAGGUGGCAAUCCAAAACAUGGAUGUUUCAGCACCAUUGUCUGAGCAGACAAUAAGUCAAGCAUUGGCUACAGCUCGUGAACACUUGACAAGAACACUUCUAAAAUGAUAUCUGUGUUCCCAGAGCCUUCUUCACUUUGAUUUAAUCCCAUUUUGGCAGUUGCCACUUGGUUCUUCUAUAUGUAAUUCCUUUUUAUUCUUUUCUGAGCUUGAUAGAUGACUGCGCCCCCCACCCCCAAUGUGUUGUGGGCUUUUGUUUCCAUCCAAUCAAUCAAAAUAAUGGAAAGAGAUAGCAAUU